AUCUAUCACUGUUAAAGCUGCUGGAUUCAGCUCGAUCAGCUCGCUGUUUCUAUCAAGCAAGCAGAAUCUGUGGUUGAUCUGUUGUCUGUCAGACUGCGUCCACGUGCAGCUGUACCGCGACUCCCGGGCGCGCUGGGGCGGCGCGGGCUGCAAGGCGUCCCUGUCGCUGCAGCACUACCUCGGCUGCGAGAGCGGCUUCACUCUGGACAAGCACUCCAACACCCUGGCGCUCGUCUGCCGGGACCUCGUCGCGCUACUCGCCUUCGAGACCAGAGAGCGUCUCAUACAGUGGCAGGUGAAAGUGAGUGCGCAUUUGGGUGAGCCUCGUCACUACCUGCUGCUGGUGGGCUCUGCGGUUAGUGGCAGCAACAAGAGACUACCGGCGGGCCCUGCGAGGCUCCACCUUCACGAACGAAGGUUUGCCCUCACCGCUGGUGUACCUCCUCGGCUGUUGGGAGUGUGGGAGCUGGCACAUCUGAGACGCUACGGUGUGGUGGAAGGUCGGUUCUGCUUUGAAGGUGGUUCGCACUGCGGCAAGGGUGAAGGUCUGCAUGUCCUCAUCACCGACCAGGCGGUGGAGAUAUCACACGACUUCGACCUCGCUUCGCAAGGACGGUUGUCUCCAAGGAGGAGACCUGUUGGAUCUAAGCGAAAUGAAGCAGGUACGGAAAGCCCGAAAUCACAUAAAGCGUAUCGUCCCGACACAAGGCUCUCUGAACUGAACACCAUCGACCACUCGCUGCCUCCCAUGGACCUUCGGCUUUACGAAGAUCCAUUCGUAGGAGAGGAAGCUGGUGCGAUAUCUCCUUACUGGCCUUCUACCGAGAGGACACACUACCAGGACAUGGGUCACGGAGAUACGGUUUCAGUCAACGAAACUACAGAAGGAACAGACACAGCACCGUGGAGCGGGCAAGGAAAUGUAACUCUAGAGAGGUGCAUGAGCUGUAUGUCCAAGCUGGGAGCCCUAUCUCGAUCUUCGACGGCCGCUUUGACUCCAGGUGCUAAGCACUUUAAUCCAGCAUGGACUAUGGAAGCGUUACAAGAAACUCCGCCAAGAGAUGCAACUAAUAAUGACCCUUUACACUCACGCAAUAAGACCGAAAAUGUAUGUCACUGCCCCGACAGACCGCCAGAGAGACCACCAAAGAGCAAUAAAUUAGAUUUGAAAUUAAAUAAGAAGCCGCCAAUGCCAGUUCCUGUACAGACGUGUAACUGUGCGCAUGUACUUCCUGUAGAAAAUUCAAGUAAAAUUGGUCCCUAUGAAAACUAUGACGUUCCGAAGCUUCCUUCAGCAGACGUGGAGGAAGACUACUACGACACACCAAAAAGGCUCAAAGAAAGUCUCAACAACGAGCUUUUUAAAAUCACAAAGAACUCGACUUCAAACGCCGUUAUAUUAAAAAAACCCUGCGGCUGUUUGCUCAAAUUCGGCAAAAGACGGAGGGAGCCCACUGUCAUAGACACCGAGGAAACCAUUCAGCCGGGUAGCCAGUGUCCUUGCCAGCGAGUCACCGACUGGGCCAACAAUUGGAUUAAAUUCCCCUACUGUAAAAAGACUACUGUUUCUAGUGAUAAUUUAGCGCUUAACAAGGAAAACUGUGUGCCAACGUACAGUGAUAGAAGUGCUCUCUAUGCUACCAUUGAUUUAUCGCGGAAAACUAGACGGAAACUUAGCCCAGACAACUGUCGAGAACUACCCGCUGAAGACCGAUUUAAACAAUGUUUGAGUCCUGAAGCCGUAGAAGUCGACAACGGGCCUUUGGCUAAUUACGAAAACCUUAACUUUGCAUUGUCGCUUGAGUACUACGAAAAUGCUAAAGAUCUUCUUAAAAAAGCUGGCAUCACGCAAACCGAGCUAAAUGCUAUCUCGGCGAAUUUACGUCCACUGUCGUUGUCGAAUACAGACAGAAACAGUAUUUGUGCGAAGUGUGGCCAUCCACAAGUAAAACAACAAAAAGAUUCAAACAUUGAAACGUUAGACAGUGGUUUAAGUGACGAUUAUUUGAUCAUGGAGCCGAAAUCUCUAGAGUGUACGUUAGAUCGGAACAGAUCGUUACCACCCGGCUAUACACCGAUGUCACCUAUAAGCAGUUUUGCUUUCCAGUCUCUGAAACAUCCGGCAAAGAGUCCAAUCAACAGACUGCUGGAGGAAAAAUCUGCAAGUAAUCCCACUCUGUGCGGUCCUGAAGAAACUCGAGGAUGUAAUUCUGGUUCUGAUAAAAACUCUGGAAUUCUUCGUGGUAAUGGUGAACAUAAUGAAAGAAUAGAAUAUAGGAAAAGAUCAAGCUCAGCAGAUUCUUCUAGAUUUUUAGAAGACGUCAAAGAAUUCGAUGGAAGUGUCGAAAGUCACGGAUCCACGUCGUCCAUUGAGACCCUACGAAACAUAGUCCUGGACAACGACAGGACGUCCGUGCCUUGUGAUUGUCUGGUGGCGGAUAACAAACACUCAGACGCAGAUAGUUCAGAGGCAUCAAAAGAUCCAGGUCGAGGUGUACUGCCCGCUAAACGAUCGUCUUCUGUUUCUGGUAAAGUGGGAGGGAACAGAGAUUCAUCGAGUUCGAACGACUCCGGUGUGUCGAGUUGUUCGCUCAGGCGGGGCGCGGAGCUGGGGGAGUUCGAGCUGCCCCUGACCAGGGUGGCGACGCGGCGGAAGUACGGCCAGUACCGCAGCGAGACGCACGCCGCCGGCGCCGCGCGCGCCACCCCGCCGCGCCGCUCGCGCUCCACCGACCCGCCCACAGACUUACCCACUUUACACAAGAUUCGUGUCCCGGCGAAGUCCUCUUCUGCAGAAGCGGAGGUCCCUGUACUCUCUGUGAAAUCACUUCGAGGUGUAAUGGACACGCACAGCACAUCCAGCGGCACGUCCGACAUGUCCGACUACAUAGAGACACUCUCUAUUUGUUCCUCUCACUCCUCCACCGAUACUCCUAUCACCAUGAGAGUGUUCCGGCAGACGACGAGCACGCUGCGGCCGCGCUCCGGGAAGGAGUACCAGAACCUGGACCCGCGCCUCACCUCCGUCUACCGCGCGCACACCCACUACACCAACCUGCCCUGAACACAACACUGCUGCACAAAACUUUACAUUCAUUCUAUACGUGCUACCUAUUUAUUUUAGGAAAUAAUUUGAGCACUGUUAGAUAA